GGUGCGUUUAGGUCCGGACUGUAACAAUAAUAUUAUCGUUCUAUAAUUUAAGGGACAAUUUUUCUUUUGCUGUUUUUGCAACUAAAGAAUGUACCUUUUGGAUGCUGAUUGCCCUGAAAGGAUGCAGAGGGGAACCCCGCAAAGGAAAACCGUGUACCGGAUUUCUUUAACUCUGGUUAAAAAAGAAAAUGUGCUGGAUGGUGGAGGCGGCGGGAGCAGCGUGGCGCAUCCAAGGUUUGAGACCCCAAAAGCGGACACUCACAGGCGGGAGGGCGCCUCAGAGAUCCAGCGAAGCUGCCUGUUGGAGGAGCUGGAGGAAGAGGCGGACGACAUAGACGAUUUCUCCACACAGAACUAUUUGAGAAACUUCAGGACGUUUAGUACCGGUCACCUUGAACUGGGUAAGUUAAAAAUCUCCAGGAAAACGCACCAUUUUCACAAGGACCUGACGUUUAAAUUGAAAGAAGCUGGCAACGCAGCAGGUUCAGCUGGCCUGGAACUAAGCCCGAAGAGAGACGGGAGCCCGGCUCGCCCUGUAAGCAUGGUCGAAACUGUGAACUUGGGUUUGGAAAAUAAAAGUAACGUUUCGCGUUUAGGGGAAAGUCUGGGAGCUACUAAUGUCGAGGUGUUUAAAAGGGAGCUUUGCACUAGUGAAAAUGGACCACAAGCGCGUACUGACACAGGCAGAGAAAAGGUAGCUAAAGACAAGGAAAGUGCUGGUUCGGGGGACAGGGGAAACGGUACAGAAUCAAAAGACUCACUUGAAAGUGUAGGGGGCCAAGGUGCGCUCCCGUCAGAGGUGCAAAGAGAAUGUCCUGAAGAAGGGCAGGACAUGGGGGGGAAUUCUCAGGACACCAAUGGUAAUUUCUCUGGCAGGAAUAGUCAGGAAUGUGAGAAUUCCAGGGCUGAAGCCCCCCGUUCACCCGUGAUAUCAGGACCCCCCUCCUUAGCACGGAGAGGGUCAGGUAAAAAACACACUCCACAGACACCUCCCCUAGCCCCUGACAAGAGGCACCCGGGUUUACUGCACAGGAGCUUCAGCUUCAGGCACUGGAGUGGUGGGGAGCUGCCCAGGAUCAGAGCCCUCACUCGGGAGAAGCACCACAGUAGCUCCAGCUGUAUUGGGCAAGGGGAGAGCAAAGCCGUGGUCCUUCAGAACCCCUCCUGCAGUGAAGCAGGGUGCAGCGAGAAGAGGAACACCUUAGACGUGGGGGAGGUCCUGAAUAAAACAGAUUCCCUGACUGACCUGGGCAGGUGGGAGAGGGCGAAUGGGAAGAACAGGACUCUGGAUAACAGCGACCUGCACAAGCUGUCAGAGAGGAACCUGGAAGAGAAGGAAGGCUUCCUCCGCGGCGGGGUCAGGUCUAGCGGGCAGGAGCGCAAUCUGCUCAAGUUCUUCAGCGGCAUUUUCUCCAAAAAGGAGGGCACUUCCACGCCGUUUACGAGCCCCAGGGGGAAAUCUCUAAGGGAUAGCAGUAGCGCUGCCAGGUCUAAAGGGUUUCUAAGCUCCCAGAAGAAGGCUACUCUGGGAUAUGCACAGUCCAGCCCUGAGAGUGUGAACGGGUCUCCUCUUAAAGAUGCCUUCGUAAACAGCCAGGAGUGGACCCUCAGCCGCUCAGUCCCGGAGCUCAAAGUGGGCAUUGUGGGUAAUUUAGCCAGCGGUAAGUCCGCCCUGGUGCACCGGUACCUGACAGGGACAUAUGUUCAGGAGGAGUCUCCAGAAGCAGACAUCGAUGCAGGUGGCCGCUUCAAGAAGGAGAUUGUGGUGGAUGGUCAGAGCUACCUGCUGCUCAUCAGAGAUGAAGGGGGCCCCCCGGAGACACAGUUUGCCUUGUGGGUGGAUGCUGUCAUCUUUGUCUUCAGUCUGGAGGAUGAGAUCAGCUUCCAGACGGUCUAUCACUACUACAGCCGGAUGGCCAACUAUCGCAACACUGCCGACAUCCCCAUGGUGCUGGUCGGAACCCAGGACGCUAUCAGCUCGGCGAACCCUCGAGUCAUUGACGACGCCAGGGCGAGGAAGCUGUCCAACGACCUGAAGAGAUGCACGUACUACGAGACCUGCGCCACCUACGGGCUCAACGUGGAGAGGGUCUUCCAGGACGUUGCCCAGAAGAUUGUAGCGACUCGGAAGAAGCAGCAGCUGUCUAUCGGACCCUGCAAGUCUCUUCCCAACUCCCCCAGCCACUCCUCCGUGUGCUCGGUCCCCAUCUCCACAACGCACAUCAGCCAGACGAGCAAUGGCGGAGGCAGCCUGAGCGAUUACUCCUCCUCCGUCCCCUCUACCCCCAGCACCAGCCAGAAGGAGCUGCGGAUCGACGUCCCACAGAGCGCCAACACACCCACGCCGGUGCGCAAGCAGUCCAAGCGCCGCUCCAACCUCUUCACCUCUCGGAAAGGAAGCGAUCCAGACAAGGAGAAGAAAGGCCUGGAGGGCCGGGCAGACAGCAUUGGAAGCGGCCGUGCGAUCCCAAUUAAACAGGGUAUGCUCCUGAAGAGAAGCGGCAAGUCUCUGAAUAAAGAGUGGAAGAAGAAGUAUGUAACCCUGUGCGACAACGGCCUGCUCACCUACCACCCCAGCCUUCAUGACUACAUGCAGAACGUCCAUGGCAAGGAGAUCGACCUGCUGCGCACCACCGUGAAGGUGCCAGGGAAGAGGCCUCCCCGUGCCAUCUCCGCCUGUGCCCCCCUCUCCAGCCCCAAAACCAACGGGCUGACCAAGGACAUGAGCAGCCUGCAGCUCUCCCAGGCACCAGGCACAGUGACGACCAGCACAUCGGCAUCUCAGAUGGCCAGUGGGAUCAACCUAGUUGCCUUCAACAGCCGACCGGACGGGAUGCACCAGCGGUCCUACUCUGUGUCCAGCGCUGACCAGUGGAGCGAGGCCACGGUGAUUGCAAACUCUGGCAUCAGCAGCGACACAGGCCUGGGUGAUUCAGUGUGCUCCAGUCCCAGCAUGUCCAGUACCACCAGUCCCAAACUGGACCCCCCUGCCUCGCCGCAUGCCAACAGGAAGAAGCAUCGCCGGAAGAAGAGCACCAGCAACUUCAAAGCGGACGGCAUCUCCGGCGCUGCCGAAGCCAAACGUAAAGCUUGGAAACUAAACCGUGUUGGUAGCCUGCGCAACAUUUACAACAGCAGCAGCGCCAACACUGAAGAACAAGAGGAGAACUUUGAGUUCAUCAUUGUGUCGUUAACGGGGCAGACGUGGCACUUCGAGGCCACCACCUAUGAGGAGCGGGACGCCUGGGUGCAGGCCAUCGAGAGCCAGAUCCUGGCCAGCCUGCAGUCCUGCGAGAGCAGCAAGAACAAGUCUCGCCUGACGAGCCAGACAGAGGCCAUCGCUCUGCAGUCGAUCAGGAACCUGCGUGGAAACGCUCACUGCGUGGACUGUGAAGCACAGAACCCGGAUUGGGCCAGUCUGAACCUGGGAGCGCUGAUCUGUAUCGAAUGCUCGGGAAUCCACCGCAACCUCGGCACGCACCUCUCACGGGUUCGAUCCCUGGACCUGGACGAGUGGCCGCUGGAGCUCAUCAAGGUCAUGUCGUCCAUUGGCAAUGAGCUGGCCAAUAGCGUGUGGGAGGGGAGCGCGCAGGGGCGCAUGAAACCCGCACCAGAUUCCACCAGGGAGGAGAGGGAGCGGUGGAUCCGAGCCAAGUACGAGCAGAAGAUGUUCCUGGCGGCCCUGCCUCUCACAGACCUGCCCCUGGGGCAGCACCUGUUGAGGUCCACAGCAGAGGAGGACCUCCGCAUGGUGGUGCUGCUGCUGGCACACGGGGGGCGAGACGAGGUCAACGAGACCUGCGGGGAGGGAGACAGGCGCACAGCUCUGCACCUCGCCUGCCGUAAGGGCAACGUCGUCAUCACACAGCUGCUGAUAUGGUACGGGGUGGACGUGAUGGCCCGGGACGCCCAUGGGAACACAGCGCUUGCCUACGCGCGGCAGGCCAUGAGCCAGGAGUGCAUCGACACCCUGCUGCAGUACGGCUGCCCUGACGAGCGCUUCGCCCUCAUGGCCACACCCAAUCUGUCCCGCAAGAACAACAACCGUAACAACAGCAGCAGCAGCAGCGGCAGCAUCGUCGGGGCGGGAAGGAUGCCGACCAUCAUCUGAUGCUACUGCACCCUGGUGGCGACCCCCGGCACUGCUGCUUCUGCUUUGAUUUUAAACACAGUCCUCUCCAUUUUGUUGGGAUUCCAGCCUGAAUCGGUGUUAAAAAAAAUAAAAGAAUACAUAUAAAUAAAUCUACCUGGAGUGGUCUGGAGGUUGAGGGAAAAACCACUUCCCAAGAAAAUUAGAGAGCAACUUGUUUGCUUGUUGACUGUGGAUUAUUAUUAGAUUUUCAGCCUUUCUGUACUGAUAAAAGCGUCAUGCACGCGCCACUCCUGUGCCGUAUAGGUAUCAUUUAGUGGAAACCCGGAGGCCAUCGCCUUUGCUCUAGAACUCUGGAAGAGAAGCAUUUUCACAUCGUUUGCACUCCCGCACCAGUGGAGCUGGGAGCUGGGUCUUGGCUUGUCCGCAUAGGAAAACCUGACAGGCUGAAUCAGAGGCCCAGGCAGGAGUUUGUCAGGUUGUGAAGCUCUUGUGAUGGUUUGUGUCAAACCAGUCAAAGCUAAUCUGCCUGCUGGGACCAUCGGCUUCAUUGCAUCAUCCUACGGCCAAGUCCCUCCUCUCUCUCUCUCUCUCUCCAGUGCUGUCGCUCUUUCAUAGUUCUCUGUAAAUAAUGAAUUGAGGGGAAUUUACGAACAUUAGCUGGGCGGCAGCUACGCGGACACUUCGUCACUCAGAAGAAUGAAGAGUAUGUUUGUAUAACUUUAAUUCAGCCUGGGACCUCGAAUACACCCUUCUACACUCCGCCAUGACCAGCCUUCUCUUCAUAGCGUUCAGAACAAAAGUGACAAGAGAAGAGAUUUUAGUUGGGAAUAUGUACAUAUGUGAAGAAAAAAUAAUUGGAGGAAAAACUGUAACAUUAAAAAAAAAAAAAAAGAAUUUAAAAAUGACCCCACUCUGCGGUAGCAUUUUAAACAACUUGCUUCCGAAAA